CAGCUCCCCCCCCUAGCAGUAUAUGUAGUUGUAAGCUUAAAGUUAUAAACGGAAAUUGUAGAUACAGGCGAUUAUAAACAAUAACGAAAUAAUUCAAAUAACAUGGAAUACGAGAGUGUGCUGAUUGUCAAGCCCGAGGUAUUCAUUUACAAAAUACCGCCGCGCGCUAGCAACCGAGGAUAUAGAGCAGCGGACUGGAACCUCAAAGAGCCCACAUGGACCGGACGAAUGCGUCUGGUGGCCAAGGGCACCGCAUGCAUACUCAAAUUGGAGGAUAAGACGAGCGGCGCCCUAUUUGCCAAUUGCCCCAUCGAUACAUAUCCCGGCGUGGCCAUCGAAGCAGUCUCGGACAGUUCACGCUAUUUCGUUAUACGCGUUCAGGACGAUAAUGGACGAUCGGCGUUUUUGGGACUGGGAUUUGGUGAUCGUUCCGAUUCUUUUGAUUUGAAUGUGGCGUUACAGGAUCACUUCAAGUGGGUGAAAAAUCAGGAGCAAAUCGAAAAGGAGAAAACCGAACCCAAACAAGAGCUUGAUCUCGGUUUCAAGGAGGGUGAAACCAUCAAAAUUAACAUGCGCAUUACGAAAAAGGACGGCUCGGAGGGCACCUCGCGCACCGGCAAGGGCAAGGGAACUGGUGGUGUGUUGCCACCGCCGCCAGGUGGCCUCGGCAAAAUAGCGCCACCGCCGGCAGCGGCGCCUGCAGCGACGUUGCGACAAAGCCCAGGCGCAUCGCCAGCUCAUAGGACCAGCGGUGGUGGUGGCGGUGAAUGGACCGACUACGCAUCCGCGGGCGGCAAUCAAGGACAACAGAAUUCGGCAAAUGCUAAUUGGGUGCAGUUUUAAAGCUGCCACCUUGCGCAACGUCACGCACUUUAUUGUGUUAAGGCUCUUAAUGUGUUUUUUUUUCUCUUUUUCAACACUAAACACACACAACACACAAACAACUUUCACUCGCUAUCCAAGAACUCCGAGAAUGACCAACACACAUACAUGCUCACACUAAUACAUAGAAAUGAAAAAAAAAACCAAGUCCGUUAACGUUAAAGUUGAUAAAUUGAAAUUACAUUUUUUCUUUAGCAUAUUUAUGCACUUAUUAUAUUAUACAUAUAUGUAUGUACUACUGUGGGCAAAAAGUAUCAGGACUGUGACUAACUUUCUAUUUUUUCUUAUCCGUUUCAUAUCCUUUAAAAUAGUCCUUUCCACAUGCACUACGCUUGUGAUAAAAACUUUUCCGGUAGCCUUCAAUUAAUUUUUCGUUUUCAUUUUAAUUUUUUCUAUAUUUUUAUUGAUCAUUUCAAUAUUUCGCGUUCUUUGGGUAACUGUGUUGUCCAGUUAAAAAAUUAAAACUCAGUCACAAUACGUUUUGCCCACAGUAGUAUGAAAAACUGUUUCGAAUUACGGUAUUCUUCGUAUUGCUGAAACCCAAUUGAAAAGUAUUUAAAUAUAUACAAACAUAAAGAAACAAAGCAAUAAUUCGAAACAGUUCUGAAUCGAGUUGGAAAUGUAGCAGAAACAUUCCGUUUUAGGGCAAAGGCAUUGUAAUUAGUUCAAAAAGUAUCGUUAUCGUUAUCGUUAAACUAGACGGCAUGCAUACCGAUUAUACACUUAUUAUCAAUUUCGUUUUGCUCUUGACAUUGUUUAAACACACAUACACAAGCAUAUGCAUAUACAUACACACUCACACACACACACACAUAAACAAACACUAACACACGCAUAGUAUUUAAGUAAAUCAAAUGAAUUAUAUAUACAUACAUAUAUAAAUAUAUAUAUAUAUAAAGAAAAACAAAACAAAAACAUAUAUAAUACACAUAAAAUUAAAUGAAAACAAAAGAAUAGAGAGAAUCGGAAAGAAGUUAUUGCAACAAGUAAAAAAGUAUUUGAUCAGAACAUUUUUUUUUAGAAAACAUUCUCUUCUCUGUUGCAAUUCUCUGGUACAAAAGAAAAACAAAAGAAAA